AUGGCGGACGUGAAAGAUUUGACGCCUGAUCUGGCAAGGCUGGAUCGCCAGGUGGACAAUCUCGAAGACGCCAUGCAGCCUCUGUUCGACAAUUUGCAGGAGAUGUCGUCCCAGCUCCCUCUACUCGACAAGGCUAAGCUUUUCUCACUCACUGCCUAUGCAAUUGAAUCCUUGCUUUUCUCCUCACUGAAGCUGGAUGGCGCAGAUGCCCAGAAUCAUGCCGUCUUUACAGAGCUGAAGCGCAUUCAACAAUACUUUGCCAAAAUAAAAGCCAUCGAGGACCCCGAGGCUCCGGCACAGCGCACACAUACCGUGAAUCAAGAGGCGGCGGCCCGCAUCUUGAAGGCGGACUUGGCCGACAACAAAGACCUCAGCAAAAAGCUGGCGGAGAAGAUUGCUGAAGAGCGGGCCAAGGCUCUGCUCAAGUCGAUGGAGCAUAAGAAGCGCCCUGCCGAGGACUCGCCACAAGCAUCGGGCACAGAGUCAUCACAAGGAAAAGUGAAGAAGGCAAGGAAAGACAAGUCAAAGAAGAAGAAGAGCAAGGAAUGA